UAGCAGACCCACCACCCUGAUCCCAUUCAUUUCUUCUCUACCUCUGAAAACAUAAUGGAGUUGAUGAAAGCAGGAGACGUAGAAGAAGAAGAAGAAGAAGAAGAAGAAGAGCAGCAGCAGCAGCAGCAGCAUUUCCACGUGCUGGCAGUGGACGACAGCCUACUAGAAAGAAAGGUUCUGGAAAAGCUCCUAACAAUUUCUUCUUCAUGCGAAGUGACCUGCGUGGAGUCUGGAGAUAAGGCUCUAAGGUAUCUGGGCCUGCUUGAUGACCUUGACAACUUUUCUUCUCCAUUUUCUCCCCCACGUCUCUCCCAACAACAGGAAGUCAAAGUCAACCUAAUCAUGACAGAUUACUGCAUGCCUGGAAUGAGUGGCUAUGAUCUACUCAAACGACUCAAGGGAUCUUACUGGAAAGACAUUCCUGUUGUUGUCAUGUCAUCAGAGAACGAGCCUUCAAGAAUCAACAUGUGUUUGGAAGAAGGGGCAGAGGAAUUCCUUUUGAAGCCUCUUCAACUUUCCGACGUGAAGAAGCUCGAGCCUCACCUUCAAAAGUCCCUCACUCGCUGUUCUGCAGAAAUAAAGGAACAAGAAACCGUUGGAUUUGGAAUUGAAAUCGGAAUCGGAAUCGGAAUCACUGAUUCCGAUGUCGUCGACGACGGAAACAACUCAGAUAGUAACAAGAACGACAAUGGCGAUCUGAAAGGCGACCGAAGCUGAAAGAAUUGCAAGGUGGAGCAUAAGAAAUGGUGCGAUAUUGGCAGGUAGCAUUUCGUCGAACACCUUUCCUGCAAUAUAAAAUGGCUUGUAUACCGAUCGUGUUUGAUGAUCAGUGCCUCCCAAAAUGGGAUGUGUUCGAGCGUAAAUCAAUCUAGGGUUUACAACUCGGAUUAAAAUUAUCAAAUGAAAUUUCCAUUUUGUCUCUA